AUGGCAGUUGCCCUGGGGCCCAUUGCAGGCGCUACGGCCUUUUUGUCUUUUUCCCUCACCAGCAAGAGCAGUUACGAGAACCACGACCAUUCAGUACACAUCGCCCGAGCAUCUGAUGCUGAAAACUUUUCUCCCAACGCCGAUUCCGCCGAGGUUUUGAGUGACCCGGACCCGGCCUUUCUCCCCAUCCAAGUUGGCGCCAUCGCUGGUGCGUAUGGUGUCUCGCUUGUAGUCGUGGCCUUUUUCAUUCUCGUGCUCUCCAAGAGGCGUCGAGAAAUCCUCGCCGCUGGCGACAACGAAACAGAUUUCAUCGAAGAAGAUACGAAACCACUCCCCCCGAACCUCAGGAUCGUUCCGCCCACUUCCCCCCGCAGCAUUCCUCGAAGCCCCGUCCGCACUUUCUCCGGCUCCUCCCCGGAUAGAGCCGACCUCUUCUUCCCCAGCCCGCAGACGCCCUACAUCGCACCGUCGCCGUCAUCGAGCGCCUGCGCCCCCGGAGUUGAUCUCUCGGUCGACCAGAGGGUGGUCGCCACUGACAGACAAAUGGCGCAAACUCAGCUCGAGGAGAUGUACAAGUAUGUACUAGAGCACGAGGAGGCAAAGCAGCAGGGCAUUAUCCUGCAGGACACGCCGGUGCUUUCCACAGCCUCGCGAACGUCUACGUCGGACCAGUCGUCAUCCACAGGGAUGUCCCGGAAGGAAAAGAACAAGCCGGCGCAGCUCAACUUGUCCAAGGAAGACAAGACGCAGUCCAGGACUUCGUCCAUUCUCUCGGCCUUGCGGUCGCCGAGGAAGAAGAGUGGCGUCAAAGGGAUGGUCAUCUCGUCACCCAUGAUGACGCCCAAGUCGGGAACAUUUCCCGGGCCCGAGUCGCAGGAGAUGAAUACCAUCCCCCCGCGGCAUUACGCACCUCUGCCCCCUCCUCCUCCUCCUCCUCCGCCUCCCGUCCCGUCGAACCAAGCGCCUUUCGGUGCCGUCCAGCAACUGCGCCGACCCAGCCAGGGGCAAAUCUCCCCCGUCUCGCCCGGCCCUUCGCCGGAGAGCACCCAGAGCAUCGACGAGCGCAUAGGGGCACACCUGGCCGAGAAGGAGAGGCGGAGCCGGUCAGCGCCUCGGAGCGAAACCGACCCGGCCUCGGCAUCCUCGGAGACACCCCUGAUAGGGCUCCCGGGGUCGCCCAAGCCCAGCAUCACACGGUUCCCGCCCUUGCCGUCGUCCCCGAAACCCGGGGCGACGUUCCAGAAAAAAGCCCCACCCUCCGCAGUCCGCACCGGCGGGACGCUGCCGCUACGGGCGUACGAACCGGCCGUGGCGUCGCCGACGUCGUCGCAGACAGUGACGAAACAGACCGUCUUCGCGCGCGCGGGCCCGCUAUCGCCCAUGACGGCCCGCACGCCGGGCACCGCGGUGCCCUACUCACCUUACCAGCCGUUCACGCCCUGUAUGCCCAUGACGCCGUCGCUGGUGAGCAGGGCGGAUCGAAAGCGGAUGAAGAAGCUGGAGCCCAAGACGCCGACCAUGGAGCUGGUCCAGGAGGACAACGACAUUUGGUAG